AUGAAAUUGGCUAUCAAAUCAUGUAAUAUGCAUGCGCAUGUGUUUGGCAUAGCAUACAUGCAGAGCCAGAGAUACGCCAAAGUGAAUGUAUGGGUAAAUUUUGGUAGUUUGGGCACCCUGAUGGACAUAUACGAGCUUGUCAGAAACAAUGAGCAUGAGCAAAUAUGUGCUGUUGAGCAUCCCGGGCUUGCACACUUCAGGGCAGUGGCAUGCAUAUUUCUUGGGAGGUAUGAAGAGGCACUGAGGCAUGCAGAGAAGAAUUCUUUUGAGGCAGCAUAUGCACUAUACAAGCUGAAGAAGUACAAGAAGGCGCUUAGGAUUCUGAAAGGGAUUGAUGGCGAAGGAAGCAGAGUUCUUAGCUCACAGUGUAUGUUCUUCCUGGGAUACUAUGGAAGUGCAUACAAGAUGCUUUCGAAGAUAAAGAUGGACGACGACGUAGCGGUGAAUCUACAGGCAAUGAAGUCGAUGGCUAUUCUAGCAAGCAAGAAUAUGUAUGAGUAUGGAAAUAGAUUCCAGGUAAGGAAGAUGGAUGAUGUCGAUGGAUUUGGCGAUCUGCAAGGAUAUGGGAUGAAGAGUGCAGAAGGACGAGUAGACUUGGUGUUUAAUGAGUCAUUUGAGUAUCUUUUUGACGAGAGGAGGUUCGUUGAGUUUUUGGCGAUGCAAGCAGGGAAGGCAGAGAUGAAAGGAACGAUAGUAGAGGAGCAGCUGAAGAAUGUGCGUGGGCAGGAAGUGUGCAUGCCCGUGCUAUCUAAGAGUCAAAAGGAGACUGUGGAGUAUAACAAAGGGGUGAUUGAUGCGAUUUCUGUGCCGAUGCAUUUCCAAAAGAACUUUGCCAGGUGUGAUGGCUUGGAGAAGAAACGGAAGAGCAAUGAAUGCACAUGGAUUGAUAUGGUUUACAGUAAGGAUGUGAAAGGCGAGUACAGGAUGAAUGAAGAUGUAAGCAUUGCAAAGAUACCUGUUUUUUCUGCAAAGAUGGCGCUGUUAAGGAUUCUUGUGAUGUGGAAGAAUAAGAAAAGUAACAGAAGAAUGGUAAGCGAGAUGAAGAGGCUACCCGAGGAAAUUGCAGGCAAGUAUCUUAGUGUAUUUGAGCCAGGGAAGGUGAUCGAUAAGAAUACAUAUGCCAGGAUAUCGAAGGAACUGAUGAAUUAA